AUGUCAGGGCGAACAGUUCCUGAAUCACCAGGUGGACGUAUUUUCACCUCGUUUUCGUUGGCUUUUCGCAUUGUUCUUGCCUUGUUGACGUCCACCAUCGACUUAAUACGUGCUGGAGCGAAAAUUACUGAUCUAUCUAUCUAUCUAUCUAUCUAUCUAUCUAUCUAUCUAUCUAUCUACACAAUCUAUCUACACAAUCUACAACGGAUUACAGGAUCUUUCCAGAGCCUAUUAGACAAUGGACAUCAUCCAAACACGCUAGCCUAUAAAAUCCUCCCACCUAUCUCUCUCCUUUUUUCUCUCUCUUCCUGUCCAACUUCCUUUUUCUCUCUUUCUUGCCCUUUUUGUAUCUCGCUCUCUGUCCCCUAUUCUAUAUUUUCCCAUUUCUUUCUUUCUUUCUUUCUUUCUUUCUUUCUUUCUUUCUUUCUUUCUUCGAUCACUUUACUUUCUCUCUCCCGCCUCUUUUUUUUUUCUUUCUUUCUUUCUUUCUUUCUUUCUUUCUUUCUUUCUUUCUUUGUCACUCUCACUGAUAUCUAUCUAUCUAUCUAUCUAUCUAUCUAUCUAUCUAUCUAUCUAUCUAUCUAUCUAUUCCACUUCAUUUUCUUUAGUUUUUUCUUUAUUCUUUCUGUCUCCCCCUCCAUAAUCUUUUCCUUUCUUUCUAUUUCCCUGUCCCAAAUAUCUUUUUUCUUUCUUUCCCACUCGCCAUCCUAUUCUUUUUGUCCCUGUUCCGUUCCCUCCACCUUUUCUUUCUCUAUCCCAUUCUCACUCUUUCUUUUCCUAUUUCUUUCUUUCUUUCUUUCCCUACUUUCUUUAUUUUUCCUUUUUUUUUUUACAUAUAAUCUUUCUUUCCUCUCUUUCUCCUUAUCUCUAUCUCUGUCGUUCUUUGACACUUUUCUCCUCCUAUCACUCUAUCUAUCGCUCUCGCUCUCUAUCUCCAGCCUGUUUCAUUGCUUUGCAAAUGCUCAAUCCCAAUGCCAAGCUGACUUCUUGUUAACAAGUAAAAGCAAACGUGGAAUUCGUCAUUAA